GCUCGAUGAAGUAGCUCUGUGUAUCGCAUUAUCUGAUCAAGAAUGAGUAAAGUGGAGAACCCUGAUGACCUUAACGAUGGGCUUGAUUAUCAAGUAGAUUCUGAGGAAGAAGUUGCAGCCUUCGAGGUCCAAGAGGGCGAAACCGAAGAUGAAAUAGUACCACAAGAGACUCAAUCAACUAGUGGUGCUGGUAAGAAGCGUAAGAAGCCAGCCACCGACAAGCUGAAAGAGAAGAAGAAGAUCAAGAUGGAGCAAGACAUCCAGAAGAAAAAGCAACUGGCACUCUCUGAUUCCAACGAGUUGGCUCAGUUCUUUACGCAGGUACUGUUGCAGCAGAACAACGAUGCGACACAGUUGGACUAUUUCAAGAAGUCUGACUUUGUCGACGCUUCCAAGUACAAGGAAAAGAGAAAUCUGGACAACUUCAAAGACUUUACAGAUAAGUACAACAAGGGCUUAACGAUAAUACUGGCGAUAAACCGUGUUAGAAUUGGUGAUUUGUUCAAGGCACUGGGACCCAAGUCAAAAGCGUUGAAAGUCGGCAAAGGUUACGAGUUCAAGAUGAGAGAAGAUACCAAGUAUAUUAUUGGUACUGUGGAGAGAGUAUUGAACUUGGAUUUGACAGAACAUCCUGUUAAAUCAAUCAUCAUCGAUGCCUCAUACCAAGAUCAAAAGACCCAUAGUGUUCUCGACGAAUCCAAGUUGACAACUCUUUUGAAGAAGUUCCAGGGUAUUAAAACUAUCCUUUACUGAUAUAUUUGUAUAUAUAUAUAAGCUAUCCCAUUGAGUCAUCCUUCUCCCAUCGC